AUCUUGACUCGGUAAUCCAGGCUGAUGGGGAGUUAGACGGGGAUGUUGGACAUCAUGUUGGAGUGGCUUGGGCCAAAUGGCAGUUGGCUUGAGGGGUGUUGUGUGAUCUGAAGAUUUCGCCCAGGAUGAAAGGUAAGUUCUACCGAUCCGUAGUCAGGCCUGUUAUGUUAUAUGAGGCAGAGUGUUGGGCGGUUAAGAAGACUCAUGUGCCUCGUCUGCAUGCGGCGGAGAUGCGGAUGUUACGAUGGAUGAGUGGGAAGACAAGUUGGGAUAGGAUUUCGAACGAAGUUAUCCGACGUCAGGUAGGCAUGGCGCCGGAGGAAGAUACGUUGCGAGAUGCGAGGUUGAGAUGGUUUGGUCAUGUGAGACGGCGGGAUGUUGACGCCCCUGUACGGAGAUGCGAGAGGAUUACGGUUAUCAGGGGAAGUAGGGGAAGGGGUAGACCUAGGAAGAAUUAGAAGGAGGUGAUUAGGCAGGAUUUAGAACUUUUCACCAUGACUGAGGAUAUGGCUUUAGAUAGAAACCUUUGGAGAACUAGGAUUCGAGUAGUUGGAUAGGAGCUCGGUGCUGCAGAAGUUUUUUUGUAGUGUGUUGUGUUUGCUUGGAAUAUUUUUCUAUUGCUUGCAGGACUUUAAUUUCAUUGUACUUAGUGCUUUAUCCGUGUUAUACUGUGUUCCCUACCAUAUUUUUUGUGCAGAUAUUUUUUGUGCAGGUUGAGCCGGGGGUCUCUUGGAAACAGCCUCCCUACCUCCGAGUAGGGGCAAGGUCUGCGUACACACCCUCCCUAGACCCUACUGUAGUGGGACUCAACUGAGUUGUUGUUGUUGUUGAUAAAUGAAUUAGACUACCUGGAAGGACU